AUGGGUAGCCUAUUCCGUUCAGAAGCAAUGACAUUAUGUCAGCUUUUCCUACAAUCUGAAGCAGCUUAUGCCUGUGUUAGCGAAUUGGGUGAAUUGGGUCUUGUCCAAUUUCGCGAUCUCAAUCCUGAUGUCAAUAUCUUUCAACGUAAAUUUGUCAAUGAAGUACGAAGAUGUGAAGAAAUGGAGAGAAAAUUACGUUUCGUAUACAAAGAAAUUGAGCGUGCAUCUAUUCCAAUGGUUGACACCGGGGAUAUUCCUGAUGCUCCACCACCACGCGAAAUGAUCGACUUAGAAUCAACAUUCGAACAACUGGAAAAUGAAAUGAAAGAAAUCAAUUCCAAUCAGGAAGCACUUAACAAGAAUUUCCUUGAAUUGACUGAAUUAAAGUUCAUCUUGCGAAAGACGCAAACAUUUUUCGACGAGGUCGAAAAUAAUCAGAUCACUGCUGAUCAGCCCAAUAAUGAUGACCAGCAAGCUUUACUAGCUGAAGAAGGUAAAACUAUUCAAGCCGCCAAAAGACUCUCAUUCGUGACAGGUGUAAUCCAACGAGAGUCCUUACCAGGCUUUGAACGCCUGUUAUGGCGAGCUUGCCGCGGUAAUGUCUUUUUAAGAACUGCUGAAAUUGAAACACCUCUUGAAGAUCCCCGCACUGGUGAUUCUAUCAUCAAAUGCGUCUUCAUCAUUUUCUUCCAAGGUGAACAAUUAAGACUGCGAAUCAAGAAAAUCUGUGAAGGUUUCAAGGCAACUUUAUAUCCUUGUCCAGAAAAUGCUGCUGAAAGGCGUGAAAUGGCUAUUGGUGUUAUGACAAGGAUUGAAGAUUUACAAGUGGUCUUGAAUCAAACUAAAGAACAUCGUAAUACCGUGUUAGGAGCUGCGGCAAAGAAUAUUAAUCCAUGGAUCAUUAAAGUGAAGAAGAUCAAGGGAAUCUAUCAUGCAUUGAACAUGUUUAACUUGGAUGUUACUCAUAAGUGUUUGAUCGCUGAAUGCUGGUGUGCAGUUGACGACUUGGAUCGUAUACAUCAAGCACUUAAGAGAGGAUCAGAAAAGAGUGGCUCGACUGUACCAUCCAUCUUAAAUCGCAUGGAAACCAAAGAAAGUCCUCCAACAUAUAAUAUUACCAAUAAAUUUACUAAUGGUUUCCAAAAUAUCGUCGAUGCCUACGGUGUUGCAGAUUACCAGGAAGUUAAUCCAGCUCCAUUUGCAAUUGUUACUUUCCCUUUCCUUUUCGGUGUCAUGUUCGGUGAUAGUGGUCAUGGAACAUUAAUGUUCUUGUUUGGCCUGUAUCUUGUUUUGAAAGAAAAAUCUAUCGCUAAAAUUAAAGGUGGUGAGAUGGUAGAUACAGUCUUUGGUGGUCGUUACAUUAUUUUACUUAUGGGAAUUUGUGCCAUCUACACUGGUACAAUUUAUAACGAUUGGUUCUCUCGUUCGUUGAAUAUUUUCGGUAGUCAAUGGUACUUUUCCAAUGUGACUUUGAGCGAUGAGUUUGUUCGAACUCAUUCCGAUAUUCAAUUGAACCCUAAGACUGCUUUCCAUAAUCAAACACCUUACCCAGUGGGCUUAGAUCCGAUCUGGCAGUUAGCAGUUAAUAAACUGACCUUUACCAACUCCUUCAAGAUGAAAAUGUCAGUUAUUCUUGGCAUAUUCCAAAUGUCCUUUGGUGUUGUCCUGAGUCUGUUGAACCACCUGUACUUUAAAAGAACUGUUAACAUCUACUGCGAAUUCAUUCCUGAGGUUAUUUUCUUGGGAUGUAUCUUUGGUUAUAUGAUUGGAUUAAUUUUCUUCAAGUGGUUAGCAUUUACCUGCUAUAGCGAAUUCCAACCAAGUAUUUUGUUAGCUAUGAUCGACAUGUUUUUGAAUUUUGGUGCAACAAUUCCUAAAGAUUCACUACUGUAUGCAGGACAGGGAGUUCUGCAACCCAUUUUAGUCGCAUUGGCAGUUGUUGCUGUCCCAUGGAUGUUACUUGUUAAGCCAUUGUAUUUACGACGAGAACAUCAAAAAGCCAUGGCGGCUAAGGGUAGCACUGUUCGUUACGACACCACAUCAGAGACAGCUCCAAUUGUAAAAUCAGAAGAGCCACCUGAAGGAGUUGAGCAUAAUGAGCAAAAAGAAGAGCCUGAAGAAGAAGAAGAAUUCGACUUUGGAGAAAUUUUCGUGCAUCAAGCUAUUCAUACUAUUGAAUAUUGUCUUGGUUGUAUUUCAAACACUGCUUCAUACCUACGUUUAUGGGCUUUAAGUUUAGCUCACGCAGAAUUAUCGGAAGUACUUUGGGUUAUGGUAUUAAAGAUUGGCUUUUCAACAAAUGGCUAUGCCGGUUUUGUUGUAACUUGGUUCAUGUUUGGUGGUUGGGCAGCUCUAACCAUAGCAAUAUUGUUAAUCAUGGAAGGCCUUUCCGCUUUCUUGCAUGCACUUCGUUUGCAUUGGGUUGAAUUCCAAAAUAAGUUUUACGAUGGCCAAGGAAUGCCAUUCCAACCCUUUUCCUUCGUAAGAAUCAUGAAGGCCGAAGAGGAAUAAACUUGAAUUUAGUCAAGCAUGCAAUUUCUGGCAGCAUAGAGUUAAUAGCAUCAAAACUGCGUAGUCAUUAACUGUGAUGCUAGUGAAAUAGUCGUAUUUUAAUUUAUUUUAAAAGGCCAUACGUAAAUGAGUCAGUAGUGAGUUUACUUAGCUAGCUUAAAGAUAUAAUGUGACUCAGCAGGCUAUAGCUAUGAUUGCUGGAUCAAAGAUAUCGAUGUUUGAUUUCGUUAUAAGCUCUAAUAUUUGACGAAUGAAUGCUAUCAAUUAAAAAUACUCGUAAUUGCAAUAAAGCUUAGCAGUAUUGACAAUCGCAAUUUCAUAUGGUAUAUCACUCAAGUGUUGUUCAGAAAUUUCUUAAGGUUCUCUUUUAGAAUAAAAU